UACUGCUACUAAGAGAAAUAGGGUGUGAUUGAGAGAGAAAUACGAGCAGUCUUUCACGUUUCCGGCAUUUAAACGAGUAUUUGCUGUUUUACGGUUUUAUUAAGGGCAGAAAAGGAUGUCUGGGGAUUUGCCACUGAAUAUCAAUAUCAAGGAGGCACGAUGGGACCAGAGUACAUUUAUGGGCAGAGCGCAGCAUUUCUUCACGGUUACGGACCCAAGAAAUGUGCUGCUUUCAAAUGAGGUUCUGGAGGAUGCCAAAGCCAUUGUGGAAGAUUACAGAAAGGGUAUUGUGAAACCAGGGCUAACAGAAGAUCAAUUAUGGAGGGCCAAAUACAUCUAUGACUCUGCCUUCCAUCCGGACACUGGUGAGAAGAUGCUGCUGGUUGGUCGAAUGUCUGCACAAGUGCCAAUGAACAUGACCAUCACAGGAUGCAUGCUAACAUUCUAUAGGACAACACCAGCAGUUGUGUUCUGGCAGUGGGUCAACCAGUCCUUCAACGCCAUUGUCAACUACACAAACCGCAGUGGAGAUGCACCAAUGACUGUAAAUCAGCUUGGAGCAGCCUACGUCAGUGCCACUACGGGAGCCGUAGUCACUGCUCUUGGCCUCAAGUCUCUCACAAAGCGUCUGCCAGCUAUAAUUGGCCGGUUCGUUCCAUUUGCUGCAGUGGCAGCGGCAAACUGCAUCAACAUUCCCUUCAUGAGACAACGAGAACUGAAGUAUGGUAUUCCAAUCACUGAUGAGGAGGGCAAUCGCCUGGGAGAGUCCACCAAUGCUGCUCAGAAGGCUAUUGUUCAGGUGGUGGUGUCCCGAAUUGGCAUGGCAGUGCCAGCCAUGGCUAUUCCUCCAGUUAUCAUGAAUGCCUUAGAGAAAAAAGCCUUCAUGAAGCGUUUCCCUGUGCUUAAUGCCCCGGUACAGGUUGGCCUUGUAGGACUGUGCCUGGUGUUUGCAACUCCUUUGUGCUGUGCCUUGUUUCCACAGAAGAGUUCUUUGAAGCUGAGCAGCCUGGAGCCUGAGCUGCAGGAGAGGAUACGUGAGAGCAGCCCUCACACAACCACAGUUUAUUUCAACAAGGGACUGUAGGAAGCUUUAUUUGCACUUAUUGUACUCUGCUUUAAUGAAGUGUAGUGGUCACAAUUUCAGUGGAAAGUAUAUUUUUUGUUCCAUUUGUUUAAAAAGAAAUCUGUUUAUGCUUUGAUGUGUGUGAUGUAAAACCCACACCUUUGCUUAAGGUAAUAUGCAAUCCUACCAGAAUAUAUCUUUCUUAUAUCUUAUAUCGAUAGUGUAAAACCUGAUUUGCCUGGUUUAAAGUGAGAUGAGUACUUUGAUGUUGAGGGUAUGUUUGUAGAAUAUAACCCUAAAAAUAUCCCCUUUGUCUAUUUAGCUUAUAUCAGUGU